AUGCCAGACCAAGAAUUGGGAGUACGUCGAUGGCUUGGCAGGAUUUUGCGACUUGAUUUAACCGACGGACGUAUAAUUGAAGGGAAAUUUGUGUGUACUGAUAAUGCGCCAAAUAUAAUUCUCAGUGGUUGUAAGGAACAAUGGAAAGACGAGUUGGAAUCCCGGGUGGUUGGUCUUGUUAUGGCAAAUGGAAGGCACAUACGAUCAAUAUAUUUAGUGCAUACAGCAGCGGACAAGGGAUAAAUUUUUAUUUAUAUCAAGUCAUAAAAAGCUCAACGAGUUGUAGAAAAUAAAGCGAUUUUAGCAAAAUUGUUAUAUAACUAUUUCUUAAAUUAUUACUGGUAACCUUGAAAUAUUCCAACAGUUUUUUUAAGAUGCCUUUUAUUUUAUGGACCAGUUCACGAUUCGGCGGUCCUAUCCCAGUUUGAAUUUUAAAAAAAGAUCGUUUACUUCAAUGAUAAACGAGAUAAACUACUAAAAUUACAUUUGGAGGCAACUUAAUACUAUUUUGAUGA